AAGUACAAGGCCGUCGUCGACGCCCUCGCGGCGUCGAGCGACGUCGGCGGCCUCCAGGCGACGCUCACGCACCUGCUGAGCGACGCCGUGCCCCAGGUCGUGUCGCGCAACGUCGUCGCGCACUUCGCGCGCGCCGUGGCCGCCGUGGCGCCGCCGGAGCGGCUCGAGUCCAUCUGCUCCUGGGCCGUCGCGGCGAUCCAGCCGCAGAAGCAGUCGUUCGAGGACGCGGACCACGCGCUGCGCCACGCGCUCUACGACUGCUACCUCGCCGAGGGGUCCUACAAGGAGGCGGCCUGCACGCUCGGCGGCAUCGACGUCGAGACCUGCUCGAAGCCCUACGCGGACUUGGACAAGGCCGCGCUCUACGUGAAGAUCGCCGAGACGUUCCUGGAGGACGACGAGUCCGUGGACGCGGAGACCUACGUGAACCGCGCGUCGGGCCUCAUGCACGCCGUCGACGGCAAGGUCCACUGGGCGCUCCAGCUGCGCUACCGCGUGACGCUCGCGCGGACGCUCGACGCGCGGCGCAAGUUCCUCGACGCGAGCAUGCGCUACUACGAGCUGUCGCAGGCGCGCCACGAGGAGGUGAACCAGGACGACUUGCUGGCGCUCCUGUCCAAGGCCGUGACCUGCGCCCUGCUGGGCAACGCGGGGCCCCAGCGGUCGCGCAUCCUCGGGCUGCUCUACAAGGACGAGCGCGUGACGUCGCAGAUGGAGCAGUCGGACGCGUUCGCGGCGCACGCGCGCGUGCUCAAGCGCAUGUUCACGGGCCAGGUCGUGCGCACGCCCGAGAUCGCCGCCUUCACGGCGACGCUGCUGCCCCACCAGAAGGCGCUGCUGGGGGACGGCCUCACGAUCCCGGAGAAGGCGAUGAUCCAGCACAACCUGGCCGCGGUGUCGCUCGUCUACGUCAACGCGAGCCUCCGCGAGGUCGGCGCGCUCCUCGACAUCGACCCGCGCCGCGCCGAGCAGGUCGCGAGCCGCAUGAUCGCCGACGGCCGCCUCGCGGCGAAGCUCGACCAGGUCGACGGCGUCCUCCACUUCGCGGACGACGCGCCGCCGCUCGCGCGCUUCGACGACUCCAUCGCCAAGAUCUGCCUCGCGGUCAACGCGUGCUACGACAAGAUCUCC